AUGGCCCCUAUAACUAAGGAGUGUGACUUUUUGGUCAUUGGUGGUGGAAGUGGCGGUUUGGCUACAGCUAGAAAAGCAAGUGGUGUUUAUGGUGUUAAGACUAUUGCCGUAGAGGCUAAGAGACUUGGUGGUACUUGUGUUAAUGUUGGCUGUGUACCAAAGAAAGUUACAUUCAAUGCAGCAGCAAUCGCAGAAGCUAUCCACGAUUCAAAAGCUUACGGCUUCUCCGUCGAAACUACAGCACCAUUCAACUGGUCAUAUUUCAAGAACAAGAGAGAUGCAUUCAUCAAGAGAUUAAACGGCAUUUACGAGAGAAAUCUCGGUAACGAUAAAGUCGAAUAUAUUCACGGCUGGGCAUCUUUGACUGGAAAGAAUGAAGCAGAAGUUACAUUAGACGAUGGUACCAAACAAACAAUCAGAGCUAAGAAGAUUCUUUUGGCAGUUGGUGGUCGCCCUACUGUUCCUCAGGGUAUCCCAGGUGCAGACUUUGAUCCUAUGGUUCAAGAAACUGUCACAAAUGAAUAUGAACGUUUGGGUGUUAAGUUGCACAAGAACUCUGUUCAGACUAAGAUUGAAAAAGAUGAAAAGACGGGUAAACUUACCAUUCACUACGAGGACUCGAAUGGAAAGAGUACUCUUGAGGAUGUAGAUGAUUUAAUCUGGGCUAUUGGACGAUCCCCCGAGGUAGAUGGUUUAGGAUUGGACAAAGCAGGUGUCAAACAAAAUGAAAGAGGUCAAAUCAUUGCCGACGAAUAUCAAAACACCAAUGUCGACAGCAUCUACUCAUUAGGUGAUGUCAUUGGCAAAAUCGAAUUAACCCCGGUAGCCAUUGCCGCUGGCCUUGGUUCUAUUGGUCUCAUCGAACUGGAAGCUAUCGAACGUUACGGAAAAGAAAAUAUUAAAUGUUACAAUACUAGUUUUACCGCAUUAUAUUAUACCAUGAUGGAACCUGAAGAUAAGGGACCUACAAAGUAUAAAUUGGUGUGUCUAGGACCGGAGGAAAAGGUUAUUGGUCUUCAUAUUUUGGGAUUGGGUAGUGGUGAGAUGUUACAAGGUUUUGGAGUGGCUGUUAAGAUGGGUGCUACAAAGAAGGAUUUCGAUAGUUGUGUGGCUAUUCAUCCUACUAGUGCUGAGGAAUUGGUUACUAUGAAAUAG